CACACGCCAGGGCGCCUGCGAAACACCAGCAGUGUAGCGCAGCGAGCACGAGUUUGGUUUGGUGGCGCGCCUUUACUGCCGCCCGCCCAACCCAACACUAUCCCAGGGCGGAUUUUAAUUGCCCCCCCGCCAGCCUCCCUCCCUCGCUGCCUUCGGAUGCCGCUCUGCGGCGCAAGCGUGCCGCCCCAAGUAAUGCAGUGACCUUGACCGAGCGAGCGAGCGGGCGAGCGACCGACGACGCAGCUGCGCGCCACCGCCCCGCGACUCGAUGGGCGAGAGGAGGCGGCGCGGGAGCGCCACAGCUGCUGCUGCUCCCGGAGCUGCUGCUGCUGCUGCGCGGGCUGAGGAGGAGAAGGCCGCGUCGGCGGCGGCGGCGGGGAAGGCUCCGCCGCCGACGGUGUGGUUCGCGCUGAAGCGGUCGCUACACUGCCGCUCCGAGCCAUCGGAUGUCCACGUGCCGCGGGCCAAGGCCGGUCCCGCCGCGGUCGGCGGCGGCGGCGGGAACCUGUCGUCGAUCGUGACCAAGCGCGCGGCCCCGCGGUCGGGCUGCUCGCGCUCCAUCGCCAACCUGCGGGACGUCAUCCACGGGAGCAAGCGCCACCCGGGGCAGCCGCCAAGCUGCAGCCCGCGGUCCAUCGGCAGCAGCGAGUUCCUCAACCCCAUCGCGCACGAGGUCGUGCUCAGCACCAACUCCCGCUGCGAGCUCAAGAUCACCGGCUUCGGCGGAUGCGGGGGGCUCGGCGCCGUCGGGACCGCCGCCGCGCACGACGCCGACGGCGGCGGGGGAUCUGACGGCGGCGUCGUGUCGUCCUUCGUCGGCACGCUCCGCCCCGGCACGCCGGGACCCGCGUGGGCCGGCCACGGACUGCCGUACAGCGGCUCCAUGCGGGGCGGCGUGCGCUGCACGCCGCCGAGGUCCCCGAACGUGCUGCUGGAGCGGAACGGCUCCCUGGCGGUCGGCCACCGCGCGUCCUGCGAGGACACCGCCAAGGCCGGCGCCGGCAAGGGCUCCGGCGGGCUCAGCUGCCACCGGUGCGGCGAGCACUUCGGCAAGUGGGAGGCCCUGGAGGCGCACCACCUCUCCAAGCAUGCAGUGACGGAGCUGGUGGAAGGCGACUCGUCGCGGAAGAUCGUGGAGAUCAUCUGCCGGACGAGCCUGCUCAAGUCGGAGAGCAGCUGCGUGCGGAUCGAGCGGGUGUUCAAGGUGCACAACACGCAGCGGACGCUGUCCCGCUUCGAGGAGUACCGCGAGGCCGUGAAGCUCAAGGCCAGCAAGCUGCCCAAGAAGCACCCGCGCUGCCUCGCCGACGGCAACGAGCUGCUGCGCUUCCACGGCGCCACGCUCUCGUGCGCGCUCGGCGCCGGCUCCGGCGCCUCCAGCAGCCUCUGCGCCUCCGACAGGUGCGCCGUGUGCCGCAUCAUCCGGCACGGCUUCUCCGCCAGGAAGGAAGGCAAGGCCGGCGUGGGCGUGUUCACCACCUCCACCAGCGGCCGCGCGUUCGAGUCCAUCGAGGCGCCGCCCCCCGCCUCCUGCGGCGACGACGGGGCGGACCCGGCCGCCGCGCCGCGCAAGGCGCUGCUGGUGUGCAGGGUCAUCGCGGGGCGGGUGCACAAGCCACUGGAGAACCUGAGGGAGUUCGCGGGGCAGACGGGCUUCGACUCGCUCGCCGGCAAGGUCGGGCCCUACUCCAACAUCGAGGAGCUGUACCUGCUGAACCCGAGGGCGCUGCUCCCGUGCUUCGUGGUCAUCUGCAAACCGUAGUAGCAUGGCAGAGCUAGAGACACCACACCAUCUCAUCUCAUUGUUACUAGUAAUUAACCAUUCUUUUUUCCUUUGUUAUGUUCUGCUCUUUGUCGUGCGUCUCGGUUGCUACUCUGUUGCCGUUUGUUUCAGCUAACAGCUAGUAGUAGUAUAACACUGUGGGCUAUGCGUGCAUGCCUUCA